AUGUCAUCUCGUAAUAAUUCUUGUGAUACUGCUGUUGGAUUAUAAUCAAGUAUUCUAUUAAUAAUUUACAUGAGAACUUAUUGCAUUAAAAGCAGAAUUAAAAAAAGCAUAAAGUGUAAUAAUCUAAUAGUAACAUAUGUUAUAAGUCUAAAAAUAAUUGAUGGAUCGAAAAUAAUCAAUAGAUAAAGUCAAACAAAAAUUAAUAAAUAAUUUAAAUCUUGAGAAUCAAUCAUUAGUAAAUAUAACAUAUAUAUAUAUAACAGUAAAAUCAAGUUAAAAAAUUCGAAAAAUUAAUACAAGAAAAGAACUAAGAACUUGAAAAAUUAUCUUUAAUAAAUAAAAAUUUAACAGCUGCCAAUAAUUAAUUACUCUCUGAAAUCACCAAACAAUUAAGUGGACCAACUUCAGAAGAAAAAGAAAUUAGAAUUUAAUAAAUAAAGAGAUUAUCAAUCAUUGAUACAAGACCACCACCUCCUCCACCUCUACCAUUGCCACCAUAAAAAGUUAAAUAAUAAUAAGAAUAAUAACGUAAAAAACCAAAAAGAUAAUUAAAAUAAUUACAUUGGGAAGCUGUUUUGAUGUAAAAAAUAGAAUAAACUUUUUGGAAUGAUAUGGAUGAUUUAACUAUUAAAGUAGAUUUUGAAUAAUUAGAAGAAUUAUUUUAUUAAUAAGUAAAUGCUCCUUAAUAAUAAUAAAUUACUGUAUAAAUAUAAUAACCAACAUUAAAUUAACACAUUUAAAUUUUAAAUUAAGAAAGAUCGGUAUAUAUUUAAUAUAAAAAUAGAGAAGUGUAGAAUUAGUAAUAGCAAAAUAUAGACUUACAAGUUAAUUAGUAAUAUAAGCUGUAAGUAAUAUUGAUCUAAAGUUUUUGGAUGGAGAGAAGAUAGAGGCUUUGAUGAAAUGUUUGCCAUAAGGAAAAGAAAUAGAAUAAAUGGAAAAAGUUAAAUCUAUGAGAGAUAAUCAAUAAAUAAAGUUGAAUAUUCCUGAGAAAUUCUUAGUAGAAUUAUAUGAUAUGCCAUUUUUUGAAGAAAGAUUAUGUUCCAUAAGUUUUAAAAUGAGUUUUAUUGAGAUUAAGAAAUCAAUUGAUAGUAAAAUUUAAUUGGUUAAGAAUACAUGUUAAUAAUUAUUAUAAUGUAAAUAUUUAGAGAAAUUCCUAUUAUGUUGUUUAGCAGUUGGAAAUUAUUUAAAUAUUAACACUCCAAAAGGAAGUAUUUGAUAUCAUUAAUUAUAUAUAAGUAAUAAAAGGAUUUAAAUUAGAAUCAAUUGAAAAAUUCAAUUUGAUAAAAGGAAAUGAUAGAGAAACAUCAUUGAUAAUUUAUAUUAUAAGCAUAGCUGAAUAGGAAAAUAUACCAGUAUUUAAAUUUGAAGAAAAUGAAGAUUAAUUGUUGAAUACUUAAUUAAUGAAUUUAAUUGGAGAAGUAUCUAAAUUCUCAUUAAUUUAAAUAUUUAAUAAUGAAAUUAAUUAAAUUAAGAUUGGUCUAAAACAUUUAGAGAAGAUGCUUACUAUUAAUGAUUAAAAUAUUAAUGACUCUUAUUAAUUAUUUUAAUAAGAAGUAUUGAAUUAUUAUAAAGUAAUUGAAAAUGAAUAUUUGGAAUAAUAAAAGCUAUAUGAAAAAUUAUGUGAUCAUUAUGGUGAGAACUAUUAAAAUUAUGAAUCUGAGAAAGUAUUCUAAAAAUUCAAUUAAUUAUUUACAUUAAUAAAAAAGGCAAAAAUAUAAUCAAUUUAAUUGAAAUUAUCUUAAGUUAAUGAAAGUAGAAUUAAAGAAACUUAAACUCAAUUAACAAGAGUUAGAUAAAGCAGUAUAUAUAUAUUUAUAUUAUAAGUUAUGAUUGAAGAAUAAGAGUAAACCAAUUCAGUUAAGAAGUAAAUAGAAUAAGCCAAAAGAUUACCUUUACAUGAAUUAUUAAAAUUAAAGAGUUAGUUCAAAGCAAAAGCGAAUGGUAAAAUAUAAGAAUGA